GAGUUCCCUUGCCUCUCAUACGUUUAUUAUGUUCGACUUUUCUUUGUUAAAAGAGCUUGUCAACAGAAUUUACAAUUCUUCCGCAAUUAAGGAAGCUCGUACGUGAUUGAUUUGCAUCGUACACGUUGGUAACAAUAAAAUUGCUGAGUAAUUUCGCCAGGAACGGCCAUUAGCAGACGAUAAACUUGUGCGUCUGCUGUGGAUCAGAAACGCUGAUGAUUAAUGGAAGGCUUCAGGGGAAAAUGGUCGUUCUCAUACAUCAUCUAAAUUCGACUGUGAUAUGCUACCAAGGGCCUAGAAAGCAAAUGAUGUCCAGUCAUCAGUCUCGAGCUAAUUGAACCACGUCGGCAGACGAGACGUGUAGAAAAUGCAGUGGUUGUAUUGUGCUUAACGAGAGAGAUAAAACUGCCUUUUAUUGCUCGGUCACCGUCCAUGAUCAACUGAGACAAUAAACUUGGUUGACAGUGGACAGCUCAUGUGAAAAUAAAGAAUGAGAAAGGAUUAGAUCCAUUCAACCUUAAAAUGGAUGUCGAUAAGAAGAUCCUGUUAUUGAUGAUGACUAUAAAUUCGAAACGAACCAUUCCGACUCAAAUGACAGCGCAGCGUUUUAAACAAUUCUAUCCGUUCGCAUUUUUGCUCUACGAAUGGAAGAGGCGCUAUAUUCUAGAAUUCCUUUUUUUAUUCACAUUAGCAAUUCAAAGUUGAUGAUCCGUUUCUUCGGGUGAAAUCGCUGAGAAAAUUCCCAUCCUUGAUGACGGAAGGAUUUCUAGUCUGGAACAAUGGGUCGGCAUCAGCUAUUUAUUUUCAGAAUUCUUUUUAAAAAGCCUUUCAGAUCACAGACAGCUUAUUCUCAUGGAGAAAACAACCCAUUGAAAUUCUAUUUCCAUGUUACUUCUAUUGAAAAAAAUGUUUACAAACAAUUUUUGUGUAAACUAUAAGGAAAAACAAAUGGAAAAAUGGAAACAGCUCGCAUGGCUUCCCCUACUUUACAUUUGGCAACAUGGGUAGCAAGAUAAAUAAACAUUAGACAUGUUUUUGUUUUCGCCGCGUGUGAAUCACGUCAAGAUAGCCACUUUUAAUGUUAUUACAGUUAUGGAAAUGAGUUCUGCUAAAUCUACCUACUUUAUCUCCAAACAAGAAUGUCAGCCAGCUCCUUCCAACAUGGCAUGUUCGCCGAAACGGCAAACUCGUUCGAAUCUCAUCAAACAAAAAGCGUUAAAAAUAAAACUAGAAACCGACGUGAACGAAUUAGUGGAAGAAAAGGUCAAAGUAAAAAAAGCCAGGAAAAAAGUUGUUGUUUCAGUUGAAGAAAAUGUCACAAAGGAACCCAUUAGGCCUGAGAACUGGGAAACUGUUCUGAAAAACAUCCAAAUAAUGCGAACAAAGAAAGAUGCCCCAGUUGAUCAUAUGGGUGCUGAGCAAUGUGCAGAUGCAGAAAGCUCCCAGGAAGUUAAACGAUUUCAAGUCCUGGUUUCACUCAUGUUGUCAAGUCAAACAAAAGACCAAGUAACUUUUGCUGCCAUGCAAAAAUUAAGAAAGCAUGGGCUCACAAUAGAAAAUAUCAUUAAUACAGAUGAAAAUGUUAUAGCAACUUUGAUCCAUCCUGUUGGAUUUUGGAAGAAAAAGGCAUCAUAUAUUAAAAAAACAGCAGCCAUUUUGGCAGAGCAAUACAACAGUGAUAUUCCAGAAAGUGUAGAAGAAUUAUGCAAACUUCCCGGAGUAGGACAAAAAAUGGCUGUUCUCACUGUCAAUAUUGGUUGGGACAAAACAGUCGGCAUUGGGGUAGAUACGCAUGUUCAUAGAAUAGCAAAUCGUUUAGGGUGGACACGUCAGCCCACUAAGACCCCCGAAAGCACCCAAAAAGAAUUAGAAGACUGGCUACCUCGUUCGCUGUGGAACGAAGUCAACGUUUUGUUGGUUGGCUUUGGGCAGCAACAUUGCACUCCUGUUAAACCUCACUGUGGAACAUGCUUAAAUAGGGAUCUCUGUCCAGUUGGAAAAUCUCACGUCAGUCGUUAAAAUCGAGUUUCUUGUUGUUCCCAGCCAACCCAUCACGUUUGCUAUUUAAAGAUAUCUCUC